AUGGGUGUAAUUAUCUGGACUUAUAAUUAUAAUCUUACUGAAAUUAAGAUGCAUUAUUAUUGGAAUUAUUGGAAUGGUCAUUUAGAGCAGUUCGAAUUUGAAAUGAUAAAGAUUAAAAAUAGCUUUGAGAACUGGACUUCAGGAAGAAUUCUUCCUGCAUCAAGUUAUGAAACGAUCUAUAACAAUUUAUAUAUUAAAUUUGGCGAAAAAGAGAAAGAUGAAAAAGAGCUUUUCAAAGAGGACGAGAAAUGGAUUCAGUUUUUAUGCAGCAGCUGUGUAGACAAGUGCUUGUUAGAUAAUCAUUUGAUUUUUAAAAUUCCUUUGUUGAAUAUUAUUUUUGAAAACUUUAAAGAAUUAUCAGAAAAUCAUCCUGCACUUGUAGCAAAUGUUUUAUCUUUGAUAGGUUAUGUAGUUUCUUCUAAUAUUGUGAUUCCAAACUCACAUCUUUCCAGUUAUGGAAGAUACUAUCAAUUAUCUAAAACAUCCUUUUUUGAUGUAUUAACUUUUAAUCUUUGGAUUAGUUGGAUUAGUUUCCAAGAAAGUUUUCGAACUAGUUUCAAAAAUUUCAAUUCAACAAUACUUGAUGUUUAUUAUUGGGGUCAUAGUUCAACAAUACUUGCAAUUCCUCUACCAAAUUUCAUUUCUUAUCCAAAAGAUUACAAUUUUUGGGAAGAAGUAUUAUUAUUACCUAGUCCCAAUCCUAAUGGUACAAUUGAAGAAAACUCCUCGCUUAUUAAAUCUCAUACCGUGACUACAAAUAAGUUUAUGACGUUUGGCUCAUCAAUUUCGACUGUUGUUCUUAUGCUAUUAG